UCUAUUCUACUUCUGUUUUUUUUGGUAAUUUUGGAACUCAGGACUCGAAUUCAGGUGGGGUUUUUUAUUAGACUGCUGAUUUUUGUUAGAUUUUGAGGUUUGUUGCAGCCCUUUCUCUUCAAUUUUGUGAUUCCAUAUUGAAAUUUGGUACUCCAUGUUGGAAUUUCAGGUGGGGGUUUGGUUAGAUGUAAGAUUUUAUGCUUUUUUGUUGCAUAAACUUGUAAUCCUUUGCUCAAUUUGGGGAUUCCAUUUUGAAAUUUGAGGUAGGGUUUAAGGUUGUUCAUCAGAUUCUGCUUUGGUUAUUGAGUUUUGUUGAAAUUUUGUUGUGGGUUUGCUUUGAUGUUCACUCAUCAUGGAGUUAUAGGGUUUGAUUCCAUAUUGAUUUGUUGCCAUUUGGGAUUCUAGAUUUGAUAUUUUAGGUGACAUUUUGGUUUUCUGAAUCAUACUUUGCUUGAUUACGUGAGAUUGGUUACGCAAGCACUCGUAGCAAUCGCGAGAAACAACCGUUCUACUAUUUGGGGACAGAGGACAGCUCUGCAUAAGUUGUCAAAGCAUUUGGUCCUCUAGGGUUCGUGAACCGAGCCCGAUGGAUCUUGAACCAGGGAGGUGUAGAAGAACCGAUGGGAAGAAAUGGAGGUGUCGUUGGCCCGUGCUUCCUUCUCAGAAGUAUUGUGAGCGCCACAUACACAGAGGCCGAUUACGUUCAAGAAAGCCUGUGGAAGUUCCUGAAACCGUAUCAACGUCAAUCUCAACCGUUUCAUCUCUGAAACCCGUUUCUAAUCUUCAAUCCGCUGCAAUCAACAAUGCUAUAAAUCAUGGCAAAGUUCAUAUCAAGAAUCAAAGCCUCAAAAUCAAGAAACUUAGCAGGGUAAAUGCUCUCGAGUUCGGAUUCUCCCCAAAAAGUGUACUUCAAAAUGGCAAUGUUCAAGGUUGCGGCACCUCAAGCCACGAUAAUAGCAUCGCUCUUUCCGUAACCGGAUCCGAAAGAUGCCGAAGAACCGACGGCAAGAAAUGGCAGUGCAGCAAAGAUGCCCUCCCGAAGCAGAAAUACUGUGGGAUACACAUGCACCGAGGGGCUAAAAAGGUCGAGAAUCUUCGAAACUUGAACGCUAGUCGAUCUUUCUCAGUAGGGUCGAGUUAUAAACAAAUGGACGAUGAUGGAAAUCGAUCAAACGAUGAAUCUAGCAGCAACCCCGGCAGCAGUGAUGCCACCACCAUCUCUACAUAAGCUGUUACUUAAAAGAUCGAGUCCGAUUCCACCGUUGAGUCGAUGGCUUGUUGUUCUCCGAGCUUGUUUAUUAUGGUUAAAUUCAUUAGAUAACUAUGUGGUUCAAUCUGGUCCAGACUAAUGUCUAUAUGGGAUAUACGGGAUUUGUUUGGUUCGGUACUUUGGUCGAGUCUGGUUUGUAACCGUGAACCAGAUCCUUUUAUUUUCGAAUUUUCCGAGUUGUGAAAGCUUUUGAACCGAACCCAACGGCAUAACCUUCGUG